AUGCCGAAUUCACUAGAAAGCAUAAAAUUGCCUUUUGAGGUGUACGGAGCCGCCAAAAAUGGGUUUAUCUAUGGUUACAAAAUAAGGUUUGCCCACACCCUUGCACUCCAACUUCUCACGCUAAGAAGAAGCUCCAUGACGCGGAGCCGACUAAUCGGCAAGCUUCGAAAUUGCAUUAGGCUGGGUUUUGAACAUGGAAAGGUGCUUGCUAUCUACGCCAUAAUAUAUGAAGGACUGGUCAAAUUUUUAGGUGGGGGUGAGGGGGAAAAAGACAAAAGAAGAAGAGCUGUCAUUACAUUUAUUUCCGGAUUUACAGGUGGACUUUUGGUCUAUGGGGGAUUGAUCAACAAGUUUGCUGAGAUAGUGAGAAAUAGGCGGUCAAAUGCAAGUGCGGACAAAUGUAAAAAACACACACAUUUCCUAAACCAGAGGAUCUUGGCUCAGAUCUCACUUUAUACGUUGUCCAGAACAAUCCUGGCUGUGGCUAGAUACCUCAUUGAGCGUAAAAUCAAAAAGUCGGCAAAUCUUAAUAAUACCACCACAAAUCAUUUACGGGAAAAAGGAACCCUACUUGCUCUUGGUCUAGUUUGGGGAACUGUGAUGAUGAUGUAUGACUCUGAUGAAAAUGUGCUAUUGCAAAAAUCUAUGAAGUUAAGUAUGGAUUAUAUUUACGGAGAACGGCUUCGGAGCAUUAUGGAGGCUUUUUGGAUGUGA